AGUUUUGAAAAGCUGUCGCCGUCUCUCUGCGUAGAAUACUCUACAGAUUAGUUAUUUUUUUAUGUGCAAGGUGCGGGCCUCCAAAGAACACCUUUGUUGUACAUGAGUGAGCACAACCCGUUCACAUUCUCCACAAAACCUACCCGGCAAUGCCGUUACAGAUCAAAGAUACCGCUGGCCUUCACAGCACCAAAGGCGAUGAAGUGAUCAAUUCACUCGCCAAGCUCUUGGAGAAGGUCCAUCGCCUUGAGGCGAAGAAGCGCUCGGCCUACGACCGUCAUACUCCAGAUCUCGGAGAGCACAUUGCUUUGGCGGAAGCCCAGUGUGCCUUACUCGAGGAGCAACUGCGGUACGCGCGACGAGUACUGGCCUUCUCCACUAACCUGAGAAGCACCUCCGACGGGCUUCCUGACGCCGCGUUUGCCAAGUCUCCCGGUUACGACGACGACGAUGUGUUUGACGGCCCACAAGGCGUCCGGUCCUCUCACUCCGAGCAGCAACUUGCCUCUCAGAAGUCUGUCCAGGAAACGAACACGGACGUCAAAGAAAGGGCAUCGAGAAAAACGAAUCCAAAGGUGCCUGAAGCUGCAGUACCUGCGAAGCACCCAAGCUGUGCUCGCCGAGCAAGGUCAACAUCUGCAGUUCCGCACACUGUUCGUUUUCCUGACCAUUGUAGGCUCACUGUUGCAGAUGUGCCUUUUAUCCUCAGCAAGAGUACUGCAGCAAGUCACUCACUCCCUGCAAAUCUUCAGAACCUCGUGUCCCUCCUGAAGAAGGCCAAGCCACAGAACAACGUGGCAAAGGACUUUACGGACAGCGUACAUCGAAAUGUUUGUGUCGUCGGGAAUGGGGGCUUGCCCAAGAGCAACAGCGAGAUUGACUUGCGUGCGGCAUCUCAACCUGACGCUGCUAGCAGAGACCUUGUGCACCUAAUGCACCAAGGGGAGCACCUGUUAAAACAAUUGAAUCAGGCCCAAAUGCCUGGCACCCGACACUCCCUGAAGUGCCAGUGCCGGCGGCUAAUCAGUCGGAUACAGGCUAAAAUGGCAGAUAUUGGAAAGCCAGAGACUGGUUUUUCAAACAGCACGGGAGCGAAGCUGACACACAAAAGGAAGGCCACUGUGAAGCCAAGGUCGGCUUCUGCGUCUUCUCACGGUGGUGACGCUUUCAAUCGUGUCUUCAUGCGAGAAUUGAGAAGGAUUCAGAGCCACCUUGAAGAACAGAUAUGAGAUGCAUCGCCCGCCAUGAAACCAUGAUUUCUCAAAAGUGAUUCUCUGAUCUCACAUUCAGAGCUUGUAGAUCAUUCCAUUGCCUGUCGAGUGUGUUUGUAGGCUUUUGAGGUCCCUACACUUACGAUGAAAAGUGUGUGAGCCACUGUUU